UUGACAAUUACAUUUAUUUCGGAACACUCCCCGUGUGUUUUCAGAAGUGCAGUUGCCGUCAACCAGAAUCGGCAAUAGAGAUGAGCGCUCUUACUCCAGACGUGGACAAAGACCCAAAGGAGGAAGAGGAGGAGAAGGAGGAAGAGGAGGGGGGCUGUCUGAACCCCACAGUGGUGAAGAUGAGUCAGAUCGUGAUGCCCUGUCACUGUAACCCCAGACAGGAGCUCAGUGUGGGGCAGCUGCUCAAGUGGAUGGACUCUACGGCCUGUCUCUCCGCUGAGCGGCAUGCUGGGAGUCCGUGUGUCACUGCCUCCAUGGACGACAUCCAUUUUGAGCACACCAUCAGUGUGGGGCAAGUCGUCAACAUCAGGGCCAAAGUCAACAGAGCCUUCAACACCAGCAUGGAGGUGGGCAUCCAUGUGAGCUGUGAGGACCUGUACCUGGACCAGCACUGGAGAGUCUGCCACGCCUACGCCACCUUCGUCACACAGCGCACAAAAGCUGGAAAAAAGGUGAUGCUGAAGCCAUUGCCCCCGUGCACUCACACUGAGCACCUGGAGUACAGUCUGGCCGCAGAGCGACGCAGGGUCAGGAUGCUCCACGAUGACAUCAUCAGAGACCUGCUCGCCAGCCGGGCCGUGGAGCCGGGUGGCAGUGUGGUGGAGAAGGCUGUGUCUGCUGUGAAAACCAGAGUGGAGAGUGUGGAACUAGUGCUGCCUCCUCACGCUAACCACCAGGUCAACACAUUUGGAGGACAGAUCAUGGCCUGGAUGGUUAAUGUGGCCACUAUAGCUGCCAGUCGUUUGUGCCAGGCUCACCCUACUCUGCGUGGCAUAGACAUGUUCAAGUUUCGGGGCCCCUCACAGGUUGGAGACCGUCUGCUGCUGAGUGCCAUUGUCAACAACGCCUUUAAGAACAGUAUGGAGGUGGGGGUCAGAGCUGAGGCCUAUCAGGCGGAGGGGCCUAACAGACACAUAAACUCCGCUUUCAUGAUUUUCGAGGUCCUGGACAAAGACGGGAAACCCUGUCUAUUACCACGGAUAAGGCCAGAACCUGUGAGGCGCUUUGAGGAGGCCAUCGCCCGCAAGAAGAUCCGUCUGGACAGAAAAUACAUCAUCUCUCGUCAGCAGGCCGAGGUGCCACUGUCAGUGCCCUGGGACCCCACAAACCAGGUUUAUUUGAGCUACAACAAUGUGUCGGCUCUGAAGAUGUUGGCUGCUCACCACAGCUGGCGUCUGAGCUCUGAAAAGGACCAGGUGCAGUUGUAUACAGUGGAGCACCCUGCCAUGCUGAGCUUCAGGGUAGAGGCUGAGGUGGACGUGCCUGCUCACAGGGCCUUCACUCUGCUGUCCGAGCUCAGCACUCGUCACCAGUGGGACCCCCACUACAAGGAGUGUGAGCUGAUCCGGCGUGUGGAUGCUGAUGACUUCCUGUAUCGUGUGGUGACCCCUCCCAAUGGAGGAGCGGUGGGCUCUCCUACAUCGCCCCCUAGAGGAGAGGGUGUGCUGCAGGACUUUAUACUGCUGGCUUCAAAGAGGAAGCCCUGUGCCAGCGGUGAUCCGUAUGUGAUCGCAUUACGCUCGGUGACUCUGCCCACUCAUCCUCCGAUGGAGGGUUUCAGUCGGGGAGAAGUGCUGUGUGCCGGCUUCACCAUUCUGGAGACCUCUGACAACAAGGCUCUGAUCUCAUACUACAACCAGGCGUCUGCAGAGCUGCUGUUGCCUCUCAUCUCCACGGACAUGGCUGGGCUCUCAUCCUCCUUCUACCACACCUUCUGCUCCUGUCGCCAGUACCUGACCCAGCACAGACUCCCUUCACACGGGGAGCUUGAGCAGGACCUGAGCAGUCUGCAGAGGACUGUGAGCAGUGAGAGCCAGUCCUCCGAGAGUGAAACUGAACGCCUCACAGGCACAUUCACAAGAACCCAUCUGUAGACAGGCACCUGAACGCACCACGGACACACACACAUACACGCACGGACACACAUGGUAAUUUUUAAUAUCAUAUCAAUCAGCUGUGAGCCAGGUUUGACACGCGAGGCACUUUGGGACAUAACACAUUCUAAGAUUUUAUUGUGACAGUUUCCAAGUUGAUGCAAUAGCACUGGGAACUAUAGGAAAGUGUAAUGACUUUUUAUAAAGUACAAGUUAAUAUUUUAAAGUUUUAUUUCUUAGAAUUAUUACAUAUUUUUAUAAUAAUAUUGGCAUUUCUCUCUUGAUACAAUGGGUACUGCUUAUGGUGACUGGAGGUCAAAAGGUGUAUGUUUUUAGUACCUUGUGAUUGACUUUUGUUUGAAUAUUUUAUACUUGUAUAAAAUGGUCCUUUUGGAGUCAGGGUACUGUUUACAUUUGAGAGCAACUAUGAAUGUGAAAUUAUAUCAUAUGCUGUUUCUAUAAAUAUUACACUUUGACUACAAUUACAGUUUAAAGCACGCACAAAGAGGCAUUUAACUUGCGAUUUUAUCAUUAAAAAUGUUUUAUUUCUGACUUGCGUGGUAUAAUGUGUUGUCAUAAUCAAUAGAAGUACUCCUAUAUG